UAGUGAGAAGUGUCUUGGCGGUGCAGUGCGCUCCUCUUUUCCACGCAGGAUGCAAGCUGGAGAACCAUCGAUGAAACCUCAAAAAUCACUCGUCUUCCUUGCGCUAGUCAUUGGCACUGUCAUGGCUGAUCAAAACGGAAACAAAAGCGGCAGCAAUUACGAACUGGACGUGGAGCGCCUUCGGAGGGUCCUCUUUCAAGAGAGGAACUACGAUGCGACAUCAAGGCCGACCAACGACACGUCUGAGCCGACCAUCAUAAACCUUGACUUUUCGUUCAAGAGCAUCACGCACGUAAGGAGCGAAAGCGACUGGUUUACGGGCGUGUUUUGGCUGUGCGCGUCCUGGCACGACCAUCGGUUGACUUGGAACCAGGAAGAGUUCGACAACAGGACCUUCCUCCACUUGCUUGGGAGAGAAAUCUGGUCACCAAACCUGGACGUUAUAAAUGCGAUGGGCCAUGAUUUUGACUACUGGAGACACUUGCUCACUAUCCAAUCAGAUGGCACUGCAUGGUUUUGCUUCUCUGCCAAGUUCAAGAUGCCGUGCCCUGCCAACAGUGCGACAUUCUUGACCGGCGAACAGGUCUGUACGAUUCUGGUGGUGACGCUGGACACGCACGAGAGCAGUGAGGUGGCGCUCGUGGAAGGCAAGGAAGUCUGGGAAGAAUUUCAGGAAGAUGAAAAGACGGAGUGGAUUAUAACCAACAUUUCGUACACCAACUACACAGAGUACAAAAGGCCAUCCCUGGGCGUGUCGUUCCAUUUGCGGAAGUCCUUGAAGCGUCACCGCUACUCUGUCACCGUACCCCUGGUGGCCGUGACGCUAGCGAUGCUCGCCGCCUUUUGGAUGCCACCGGUCUCGGAGCGCCGGCUUACACUCGUAGCCCUAAACAUCCUGGUCGUGGCGCUAAUGCUGGAAAGGAUGACGACAUUCCUCGGGUUGUUUGUGGCGACGUCGAACAUACUGCUCUUCCUGGGCAUUUCGACGAUGGCGCAAGUGGUCACUGCAACCGGAAACAUUUUCGUCCUGAACCAGCUGUCUUCUAGCUCAGGCUUUAAAGUUCCUGACUUCCUAUACCGGACUCUGUCUGGAAAAGCCGCAACUAUUCUUUGCCUGUGCGACCAAGAGCCGGAGACGUCGACAAGGCCAGAAGACCCUCUCCGCCCACUUGCAUUCGACGACUCUCGCGAUCGAAGGAGGCGCUGGCUUCUUGUGGCGCAAGCUGUUGACCGGCUGUUCUUCAUCGUGCUCGGACUCACUGCUAUCGGCAUCUUGGCAUGAGCCAUCAAUUCGUUUGGAAGAGGGAAGCAACGUCGGAUCUGCAACCCUGAAAACAUGU